AUGGCUACAUCAGGCUUCUCACCAGCUGCACCACCAGUGUUCAAUGGAGAAGGCUAUCACAUAUGGGUGGUUAAAAUGAAGACCUACCUACAGGCAUUCGGCCUAUGGAAGGUUAUCAACUCAAAUGUUGAACCAGCACCUCUAAGAGCCAACCCAACAGUGGCUCAAAUCAGACAACACUCUGAUGAAAAAACUAAGAGACACAAGGCCAUGUCUUGCAUCCAAAAUAGUGUGUCAGAUAUGAUCUUCACAAGGAUUAUGGCUUGUGAGACUCUAAAGCAAGCCUGUGACAAGCUCAAGGAGGAGUUCCAAGGUACUGAGAGGAUAAAACAGCAGCUGUUGUUGAAUCUGAGAAGGGAGUUCGAGAACUUGAAGAUGAAAGAGGAAAAAACUAUAAAACAGUAUUCAGAUAGGAUUAUGGCUGUGGUAAAUAGCAUAAGAUUGCUUGGAGAACAGUUUAGUGAGGCAAGGAUAGUUUCAGUAUUCUCUCUGUAA